AUGUUCACAAAAAUUUCUGUUAUCUUCGUUGCAAUCAUUUUCUUUCUAGCAUCAGCCACUGCAUUUCUACACGAAAAACGUGCUGUAUCUUAUGCACGUUUUGUUCCUGACGCGAGUAAAGGUUUAACAGUUGAGGGAACAAUUACCUACACUGAUAUGCCAGAUGGUUGUCUUAAUAUAGUCGGUCAAUUCAACAAAGGUUUCGAACAAAGUUCCAAUCCAUCCGAUUAUAAAUUCUCCUUGGAUGGUCAUCGAUUUGACAGCUAUCUUCAAUAUACGAUUCAAAACGGGGGCACCUCAGCUUUCACUGCUAAUGUUCCAGCUAAGGAACUUGGCAUAAAUCCUGAAAAGAAACGUGGUCCUCAAAAGAAACGUCAAACAGAAAUUGAUUAUAAGGAGAAAAUGAUUGGCUUAGCGAUAAGCGAAAGCGAUAGUUAG